AAAAUACCGACAGUCGUUUGUUGUUCAAAGAAACUCCUACUCCAAUGUGUUCCUGUGCUUGGCAACAACACGCUAUAACAACAUGACGAAGUUGGUGAUUGCUGGUCGUGCUGACUGCCCAUACUAUGCUCGCUCUGAGCUCCUGGCCGAUGAUCUCAAGAUCAAUCUGCCUGAUUUUCACAUUCACAAGAUUGUCAAGCAUCCAGAAGAAUGGGAGAUUUGGUUGCAGCAACUUUGCCUGAAGAAUGGGUGGAGUCACAAGAAGUCCCCCAUUGUGUGGCGAGAGCUCAUCGACAGAGGUGGCAAGGGAGUCCUUAUAGGUGGCUCCAACGAGUUCCAGGAAUACGCCAGCGGCUACUACGGCAUCACCUCCAAGCAGAUGAGCAGCGACAUGACCAAGAUAGCAGCAGAGAACAUGGAGACCAAACUGCUGGUCACCGCAGAAGAGGAGUACGAGAGGAGCCUGAGCAAGCCUCUGAACGUCUGCAUCACGAACGCUGCCAGCCCUGCAGCCUACCACAUGGUGCAUGAGAUAGCCCGCGGGGAUGUCUUGGGCGAGGAAAACGAGAUCUCCAUCAAGCUGUUGACUGACGUGGACAGUGUCAAAUCGGUGGAGGGCUUGAAACUGGAAAUGGAGGACUUUGCCUGUACGCUGCUACGGAAAAUUGUGGUGACAGCCGAUGUGAAACACGCUUUCAAGGACGCUAGUGUUGUGAUUUUCCUGGAUGAGAUCGCAAGACCUGAUGGUAUGGAGAAGGAGGAGUGGUUGCAACUGAACGCUGAGGUCUACACCUCCUACGCAAAGGUCUUGAAUGACUAUGCCCUGCCUGAAGUAAAGGCCAUUGUGGCUGGCUCCGGUCCUCUCAACUUCAACGCCUACAUCCUUGGCCACUUCAGCCCAGCGGUCCUGAGGCAGAACGUGAUCGCCCUCUCCCGCCUGGAUGAGAACCGGGCCAAAUCGGCACUGGCGCGGCGCAUCAAGGUCAACACGGCCGGCAUUGUCAACCUGUUCGUCUGGGGCAACGUUGGCGGCACCACCUACACCGACUUGAAGCACGCUAGGGUGCAUGGCUGCGAAGGCGCCAUCUGGGGGCCGCCCUUCUACUCACGGCCGAUUGGGGAGAUGGUCCACGACGACAAGUGGCUGCAGACAGAGUACCUGACCGGACUGAAGAGCUACAAGGAGACUCUGGAGGGCGCUUUGCAGCACCAGGGCGCCUUCUCAGUGGCCCACUCUGUCGUGAGUCUUCUGACCGACUGGUGGAAAGGCUCAGAGGGAGACAGAUUGUAUUCAGUUGGUGUCCUCUCAGAAGGUUGGUACGACCUUCCAGAGGACAUCGUGUUCUCCCUGCCGGUCAAAUUUCAGAAGGGGACUUGGGAGGUGGCCCAAGACAUCGACGUCAGCGAUGACGUGCACAAGGUACUGUGUGCCAUCGCCGACGAGCUGACCAAGGAGAAGGAGGUCAUCUUCCCUCCUUCCCGCGCCUCCCCGCCUCCGGGACAGGACGACAAUGCGAACAAGAGGGUGUUCGGCCAGGAGGAGGCAACAGGGGAAGCCAAGGACGGUGGGAAGGAAGACAGCGGCCAAGCCGCAGAGGCCGAAACCAAGCCAGCAGAAGAAGGCAAUGGAACCAAUGGACAGUUGUUCAAGAUCGUGGAAGAGUCUGAGGUGGAUAGUAAGGAGGAAGAAAGAACAACAGACACAGAUAAAUCAGCGGAAGACGCUUAACAAUCACUGUCUUCAAUUUGUGGAAAUGUUUAUUGUAAAAAAAGCUUCUUUAAAAUAUUAAACUAUUGUACUGUUACUUCAAAAACAAAAGGAAAACAGAAUAAAAAUGAAAAUACACAUAUAUCCGAAACUCAAAUCAUGUUCAUUAUAUAUCUCAUAUCUCCGAAACUCAAAUCGUGUUCAUUAUAUCAGACCCGGUUAAGUAACCCAGUAAUGCUGCUAUGAAAGUGAGCUGUUACCAUUUACAUGUACUGACAUUUUGUUUAUGAUAGAUAUCUAUUACAUGUAUUUUGUGAUUAUCAUUUUCUUGGGGGAGGUGUACAUGUUCAAGUUUGAGUGUGCCAAAACACUUCAUCGACCCUUCUAUCAUUCCAGUCGUGCUGUUGUGUACUUGUGAAAGUGUACGGGAUUUUUAGUUUUCUGAGAAAUACCACCUGCGAAAAUUGACUUCCUGAAGUGUGCUUCAACGCCGUGCUAUGCGUUUGAUGUGAAGGACUUUGGUCUUGUUUCUUUUCCAGUCCUUUUAUAUGACCAACUAAGGACCCUUGGAAAUAUUGACGUUUGUGAACCUCUAUUCCAGCACCAGCCAAGAAUCUUUUCGAGGGCGUGCAGUGAACGAAAUUAUCAGCUGUUUGAGUUUAUUAUUUUUCUGGAAAACCAAAAACAAGAAGGUACCCGUGGUAAGGAUCGACAAAUCAGGAGGAUUUACUAGGAGCCACACAAGCCACAUGCAGCAAGGAGACUUUAAGAUAGGAUUAAUCUGUAAAAUGUACUCCAAAGGAUCGGACUUGGAGCCAUCGGUGCUGAAAAAGUACGGAGAGAAUUACUGUACCAUGUUCUUAUUGCCAGAAGGAAAAUGAAUGAUGCAGACAGAACAGGCACCAUGGAGCCUCCAGUCGAGGUUUAGAGGAGUUAAUAAUUUUGUUUGAGUGUGUGUCCUGUAACACGGUGUAGUGGUGAUUCGGAGAGAUGUUGCCUCUUAUAAUUAGCCCCAAGUCUGAUACAUUUAAAGUUGGCCAAAUUUGACCAACUCGAUUUUUUUUUGAUACUUUGGUCUGGAAGCACACUUAGUGACCUCAUCGACUUGCUGGCAAAUCUAUAUGCAGAAAAACUGAAUAACAGUGAUGUCCAGUCCAUGCCUGUGUAAAAUUUGUAAAAAGUGUAAAAAAAAGUGUGCCACUUGUGUAAAAAGUGCUAUAAAUUAAUUUACAAGAGUACCAAAAUGAUAUCGUAAAACUAGGUCUUCAAAACGCCUUGAGAAAGUGUCUUCCAGAACAUUUUCAUUUGGGCCUAAUAAAUUCAAAUAAAAUUCCCCAUCUAUUUUUGUUUUCAUUUCUAUUUUUAAGUACAUGUAUACGAUAAGUUUACAAUCUGUAGUGCAUUACAAAUGUUUGUACAGUAUGCCUAUUUCCUCGAAGUGCUUGUCCUUGUAUUUUUUUUCUGUACAUGUCUUGAAAUGAAUAUAAACCUUUAAUUGAUAAAUUUUCCGCAAAUGUAAAGCCAAUUGUAAAGCCCAGGUCGCGGUUUUGGGCCUCAAUCAUAAAGCUACCCCCCUCCUCUAGAGAAAAUGAAGUGCUACCGUAAACGACCUGAUAAAUUGAUAAUAAAUUGAUAAUUGACCUGAUAAUAAACUGAUAAUUUGGA